AUGCCUCCGAUCGACUACUCCAAAUGGGACAACAUCGACACCGACUCCGAACCGGAGAACGUCGCGCCCCCUGCUCCCGAGACCGCCCCAAAGCCCAAGCCCGAGCCUCCCGUGGUCCGCGACGACCAACCCGACCGACCACCCGAUUUUCGACAACGCCGUCCCGCCCGUGCCGGCCCUGCUCAACCCUCCCUUCGUGAUGCACCGUAUGGGUACGUGCGACAAUGCGUGGCGCGCAAGGACCGCAAGGAUCUGUCGCCCGAGCACUACGAGGCCAUUUGGAUGUACAUCGACCGUAUCCUGGAUGAGUUUGGGAAUGGGGCCCCGCCGCCGGAGCAGCUGUACAAGAAGAAGUUUGAGCGGUGGUUUGUCGGAUAUCGUAUUGGGGUACGGGCGCGAGGCGUGGAGGGAUGCGGCGCCCUUGUAUUCGACGGUGGCAUUUAUCAUGGAGAUGGAAGACUAAAAAAAAAACGAGAGCUCAAGAUUUGAUUAUACUACAAACUACGAGAAGAUUCC